AAGGUCAAUGAGACUCCAUAUCCUGCACAUCUCCAAAACCACCAGAAUCAGCAAAAUAUCGUCUCCUGCUUCUGCCAUUGGCAGGACGGCAAGCCCCCUUCACCCAGCGCUCUCUUGUUCACUUCAGUAACUAAGUAGCGUUGCCUCUUUCUCCUCUGUUUCCGGCGGUGGGCAGUGAGAAGAGCCGAAUGGCCAUGGCCUCCGCGGCGUUUCCGUCUUACAAGCUGGCGCAAGGUGCGGGAUUCCUUCAGCAACGGAUAAUGUGUGUCAGAAAGAAGGACAAGGAGACGGAUCUUCAUCAUCCUUUCGAAGUCGUCGAGAUCACGCCGCCACCAAGGAACCUUGGCAUCCGCUGCUUCCCUUCGAACAUACACUGCGGAGAAAGCGUGACGAUAGAAGGACAAACAUACACAGUUUCUGCAGUGACUCAUAGGUAUCAAUUACGCAAGGGAAAGUAUGAACCACGAGAGAAGAGGCUUGAUGUGCAAAGGACCGGUAGAUAUAUUUUGAACUUGUAUCUGAAUGAUCUGCUAGAGAAGUCUUGAGGUUAAUUUGCUACAGUGACUGGUCCCGUGAAUUUGUCAUUUCACCCAUUGCAAUGCGACCGUGCUUUAUCA